ACUACGUCCCGUCGUUCCGUUCCAUAUUGAGUUUAUGAGUGUUGUCUACUUCUACUGUCUAAUGUCUGCUAACUGACGAUGUUUCUCUUUAAUAUUAAGAAAUUGUGAACUCAAUAGUCCGAAUUUGAGUACAUUUGCUAAUUGCUAAAGCAGUUUUGUGCUAAAACUAACUUCAUAGUGUGAUCAACAACUAUCCAUCAAUAAAGAUGAAUUUUUCGGAAUACUCAAGGUAACUUGCCAAAGAAGACAGUAGAUAGUAGACAGCACAAUGGAGUCACAGCCGAUGUGUCCGGUGUGUACGCUGUACUUGCGGCCGGGCAUGUCAUUGCAUGACCACCUCUACACACACCCCAAGGAUCAAGUAAUAGAGGCAUUGGUGCGACUGGCAGCCACCGGGACUACGCCCUCUGCCACCAUAAAUACCAACAGUCAGUUCACUGCCAUCACUUAUCGUCAGUUUCAGACACUAACUACAAGUGUUCCUGAGUCCAGUAUUCCCAUGAUGAUCAACCCUUGCCAGGUCAUCAACCCUCCAACUAACACUCCAUUCACUCCAGGAGUAAUCAGGUCGUCUGUACCACUUGUGUCCUACCCAUACUAUCCGCAAGAGCAGCCUACCAACCUAGCAGACCACGAUCGUAACACUCAGUGCACGUACUCUCUAGCCACUCAGACCACGCAGACGACCCAGACCAACUCACCACUCGUAACACACACUGCGUCUCCUUUCCAAGAAGGAGCCCAGAACACAUCACCUUUCCAAGAAGCCACGUGCGAAGAAAGUCAAGAAAUCGAUGAACCCACAGAAAGUUUUGAACCUGCUAUAGAUCCGUUCACAGGAGAGCAAGAGCAGCAAGUUACCGAACGAGAAAGUUUUGCAGGUGAUGUGCUACCCGAGGGUGGACAUGAAUCUAGAGAAAUUGAAGAACAGUGUCUUAUCAUGGAGAGUAAAAUGGUGGGAAUCCAUAAAAAUCCUGAUAGCUCCGUAAUUGAAAGUAUUCGAGAAAGAUCAGAUGAUCCUUUUGAUAAUGAAGAUUUAGACAAUAUCAAUGAAUCUGAAUUAGAUCCGUUUGUGGAAGAUAGGAUAGAGGAAAUCCAUGGGGAUGAGUCGGAGUGUAGAGACAACACUAAUAACCAAAUUGGACCUGAAGAAGAUGACUUAAUGGAUCCGACCCACAGUUUAGGUACAGUCAUCUCCAACACACAUAGACUCAUCGCAAAUGAACCGGGACUGGAUUACGAUGACGAUCUUAGAACUAACGAUUACAAUGAAAGUUAUGGAAAUUUCAGCCCAACCCGUAACAUCGUAUCGCCUUCAUCUGAUGUUAGCAACUGGAGUGGUGGGUCUGGGAAUCUCAGAGUGAGAAGAGAUCUGAGUAGUUUUGACGAACACGGAAAUAUGAGAGUUCUUUAUGUUCAUCCAAACUCAAAUGCGACCGAGUUUGUAACUUCUGAUCCGUACGGUGCUGUGGGCAGAAAUCAGUCUUCUGAAGCCCAACUGACCAAUCUAGACGAUGUUAAUUACUCCAUGGUGUUGAAUUACAGUAACAACCAACUAGCUAACAUGAGUGUGGAAGAUGGAGAGAACAAAGAGGAUAACUCUGAACACAGCACACCCUUGAACAUACACAGUGAUGAGUUGAUGCCCCCCAGAGGUGAACUUUCGGGACAAGAGAGCCUCGGAGCUACAGAAAAUUCUGUUUGGGAACUACAGGACCAUGGAGAGCCUUCCACAGCCAGCUAUCCACUGCUUGAAAAAGAUCGUUGGCAAAUUAUGGGGUCUACACUAGAAGAUGAAAUAAAUGAAUCACACUCCAAUGGGCUUGAAAAUAGGAACCACAGUGUCAAGUGUUUUGAGUGUGAUAUGAGGUUUGUCUGUGUGAGAGAACGGCGAAUACAUGUUCAAACUGUUCACAACACUCCGAGACAUACACAGGUCAAGACCGAAGAAUCGACAAGUAGACUUCUCACCAAGAGCGAUUUAAAAUCUCAAAUUAUAAAAAUUAAACAGGAAAGGGGAUUACCAGUGAAAACCGAAGCAUCGCUCAGGACUUGUGUGGAGUGUGGGAUGGAGAUGCUGACAGUGAAAGAGCUGAGGAAACACAGGCGAGAGUUUCAUGAACUGAAGAGGAAAUGUGACACGUGUAACACUUUGUUUUCUGACAGUCUUGCCUAUAAGGAACAUAUAGCUAAAAUUCAUCCGAUAGAAUGUGUGGUUUGUGGAAAGUUUUUCCCAAACAAAUCUGCCGCUAAUACUCACGCUAAAUGCCACCUGAAACUUAAACCUUACCAGUGUACAAUGUGUGACAAAUCCUUCCUGUCCAGGUUAAAACUUAACGAACACACAAACAUUCACUCGGGCGAAUCCCCGUACAAGUGUACUUUGUGCAAUCAAACGUUCAAACGCCAAUCGAAUUUAAUCCAGCAUAAAAACUUUUUUCAUCUCAAAAUGAAAAAGAAGGUAAAAGACUACUUCUGCCACUGCGGUGAGAUUUUCCAUUCGAUCAAGAAACUUCAGUGGCACAAAGAAAUUCAUGAUACAAAGCCCAAACAGUGUAUGUACUGUAGCGAACGGUACGUCCACUCCACUAGUCUCACUAGACAUAUAAGACAUGCACAUGACAACACUUACUUACCAAAAACCGCUAGAGCACACAACGUGUUGUGUCCCAUCUGUAAGAUCACCUGUGUUAGAUCCUCUCUGGGCCAGCACAUGAAGAUACACUCUGCUGACAAAUCCUACACCUGUAAUGUUUGUUCUAAGGAGUUCAGUACCAACUGGAAUCUACAAAUGCACAAGUGGACUCAUGCCUCUCGCAACAGUAAACCUUUCAAGUGCAAACAAUGUAAAUGCGCUUUCUACAUGUUGUCCAGUUUUCAGGCUCACGUUCGGUCGCAUCGGAACAUUCGACCCUACACGUGCAACUAUUGUGGCCGUCAAUUCAUACGCAAGUAUAAUUGUAUCCGGCAUGUGAAAGAACACGAGACAACCAAGUCUUACUGUUGUGCUGUUUGCAACAAAACGUUUCACCGCAGUUACUAUCUAACAGAGCAUAUGCGGACACACACAGGUGUCAAACCCUACACUUGUCACAUCUGUUCCAAAACAUCCAGCACCAAGUCAAAUCACAACAAACAUGUUAGAACUCAUCACGCUCGCGAACCAGUCAAUACUGAAGGCUGAAGUUUUUAAACCAAAGUUUUAACUAUCGAGUGUUUCAAAUAUGAUUUUAGUUUAGACAUCCUCAGGUAAUUAGAAAAGCAAGUUCAUCUUUGUUAGUUUGUGGAAAGAGAAGGGAUCAGAGUUGUCUACUGAG